AAGAGCCGGCGGAAGCUACUUAUGAAAACAUCCGCCAGGUGGACAGCUGACUGAACGUCUUUUAUUUGAGUGAUUUGAGACAUUUCCAGACAAAUAUGAUUAAAGCUAUUUUAAUAUUUAACAACCAUGGGAAACCACGACUCAUCAGAUUUUAUGAAUAUUUUGCUGAAGAUGUGCAGCAGCAGAUCAUUCGAGAGACUUUCCAUCUGGUGUCGAAGAGGGACGACAACGUCUGCAACUUCUUGGAGGGGGGAAGUUUGAUCGGUGGCUCGGACUACAAGUUGAUCUACCGGCACUACGCUACACUGUACUUUGUGUUCUGUGUGGACUCCUCUGAGAGUGAGCUCGGUAUUCUGGAUCUAAUACAGGUGUUCGUGGAAACUCUGGACAAAUGCUUUGAGAACGUCUGUGAACUGGACCUAAUUUUCCACAUGGAUAAGGUCCACUUCAUCCUUCAGGAGGUGGUGAUGGGGGGGAUGGUGCUGGAGACCAACAUGAAUGAGAUCGUGGGCCAGGUAGAGCUGCAGAACCGCAUGGAGAAAUCAGAGGGGGGCUUCUCGGCGGCUCCGGCUCGGGCCGUCUCCGCGGUCAAGAACAUGAACCUCCCAGAAAUGCCUCGUAACAUCAACAUCGGAGACAUCAAUAUCAAAGUGCCCAGCCUCUCCCCCUUCUGACCAGGGAGCGGAGCAGGGGCUAGGCCCAAACCGCACCCUAUUCCCUUUAUAGUGCACUACUUUUAACCAGAGUCCUAUGUGGGCUUCUGCCCUUCAGGUCUAAAGUAGUGCACUACACUAUAUAUCAGUGCACUAUAAGAUGUGAGACACUCUAUAUGACCUAUACAUAGGGAAUAGGGUGUAUAGGUAGUGCACUAUAUAGGGAAUAGGGUGUAUAGGAAUUGCACUAUAUAGGGCAUAGGGUGUAAAGGUAGUGCACUAUAUAGGGUGUAUAGGUAGUGCACUAUAUAGGGUGUAUAGGUAGUGCACUAUAUAGGGUUUAUAGGUAGUGCACUAUAUAGGGUGUAUAGGUAGUGCACUAUAUAGGGUUUAUAGGUAGUGCACUAUAUAGGGUGUAGAGGUAGUGCACUAUAUAGGGUGUAUAGGUAGUGCACUAGAUAGGGUGUAUAGGUAGUGCACUAGAUAGGGUGUAUAGGUAGUGCACUAGAUAGGGUGUAUAGGUAGUGCACUAGAUAGGGUGUAUAGGUAGUGCACUAGAUAGGGUGUAUAGGUAGUGCACUAGAUAGGGUGUAUAGGUAGUGCACUAGAUAGGGUGUAUAGGUAGUGCACUAGAUAGGGUGUAUAGGUAGUGCACUAGAUAGGGUGUAUAGGUAGUGCACUAGAUAGGGUGUGGAGGUAGUGCACUAGAUAGGGUGUAGAGGUAGUGCACUAGAUAGGGUGUGUAGGUAGUGCACUAGAUAGGGUGUGUAGGUAGUGCACUAGAUAGGGUGUGUAGGUAGUGCACUAAAUGGGGUGUGUAGGUAGUGCACUAGAUGGGGUGUGUAGGUAGUGCACUAGAUGGGGUGUGUAGGUAGUGCACUAGAUAGGGUGUGUAGGUAGUGCACUAGAUAGGGUGUGUAGGUAGUGCACUAGAUAGGGUGUGGAGGUAGUGCACUAGAUAGGGUGUAGAGGUAGUGCACUAGAUAGGGUGUAGAGGUAGUGCACUAGAUAGGGUGUAGAGGUAGUGCACUAGAUAGGGUGUGUAGGUAGUGCACUAGAUAGGGUGUGUAGGUAGUGCACUAAAUGGGGUGUGUAGGUAGUGCACUAGAUGGGGUGUGUAGGUAGUGCACUAGAUGGGGUGUGUAGGUAGUGCACUAGAUAGGGUGUGUAGGUAGUGCACUAGAUAGGGUGUGUAGGUAGUGCACUAGAUUGGUGUAUAUAGUCAGGACAUAUUUUCCUUUAUUCUGUCUUUGUUGAAAACAUUUCCCUGUUAGUCUCCACCUGUUGUUUUACCGAGCAGGUGACACAUACGAUGUGAUUUCUCCACGUGGGAGACGUGUAUCACUAGUCACAGCUUAUUCACCUUUUCCUGUAUACAGGAGAAAAAAAAAUACAGGAAAAAAAUCCUCCCGGGUGGCGCAGUGGUCUAGGGCACUGCAUCGCAGUGCUAGCUGCGCCACCAGAGUCUCUGGGUUCACGCCCAGGCUCUGUCGCAGCCGGCCGCAACCGGGAGGUCCGUGGGGCGACGCACAAUUGGUAUAGCGUCGUCUGGGUCCGGGUUAGGGAGGGUUUGGCCGGUAGGGAUAUCUUUGUCUCAGUAUGUAAAUGUAAUGAAAUGUAAUAAAAUGUAUGCACUCUACUGUCAGUCGCUCUGGAUAAGAGCGUCUGCUAAAUGACUAAAAUGGAAAUGGAAAUGGAAUGACCCAUUUCUCCAGUUUUGUGAUUUGCACCAGAUGUGACACAUACGAUGUGAUUUCUCCACGUGGGAGACGUGUAACACUAGUCACAGCUUAUUGACCGUUUCCUGUAUGUGGGGAAUGACCCAUUUCUCCAGUUUUGUGAUUUGCACUACGAUGUUGACUACGAUGUUGCUGUUGAUCGUAAUGGGCGUUAAUAACGACAUAUAGUAGUAGCUGCUGUUCUGUUCUGAACGUCUUGUAUUGAUCAGAGAUGAGUUUGUCCUUUGGUCUGUAAUGUAAACACACACGUCCUAAAUGACAACCUGUGGGCCCUGGUCAAAGGUAGUGCACUAUGUAUACAAUUGGUUUUGUCUUUUCCAUUCUCAUUCAAGUGUGCAUUUUUCCAUUUGGAACAUAUGUUACUGUGUGUGUGUGUGUGUGUGUGUGUGUGUGUGUGUGUGUGUGUGUGUGUGUGUGUGUGUGUGUGUGUGUGUGUGCGCACACCCAAGAGCUGCCAUCAGGAAGGCCGACAAUACAGUUCGUCAGGAUCGGCAGGAAUCAGAGGAGAAACAGGCCCUAAAUACUGAAUGAACCUGAUUCUGUUGUCUAUCUGCGUCCUUCUCAAGCUUUUUCCAACACCACUUCUUUCCAGAACAUUCUGAUGGUGAAAAUAUAUCCGUGUUUUAAAGUGUAGCUACUACAUUCCCUUAGAACAAUAAAAUGGUGGAGGAAACUUG